AACGUGGAUACCAGUUUAUUCUCCGUUAAAAAUAAUUAAAUAUUUUAAGACUUUUUUUUUACACGUUUAUUUGGUUGCCUGCUAUCAGGGAACGCACAUCAAAGCACAAGCGUAGAAGAUUUUAGGUUAUAUAGACAAAAAUUAAUCGAAGUAAAGGGCAGAAAUAAUUUACUUUUAAUUUAAUAAAAAAUUUAAGGUGACUAAGAAAAUAUUUCACCUGCAAUGGAUGUGUUGUCCCGUCCAGCAGAAGAAUUCGAAAAUGACACCAGCGUGGAAGCUAUGUGGGCAAUGAAGGCCUACGAACACGCGGAAGUGUACUUCAACAUUUUAUGCUCGGUGGACCCAAAAAAUCUGAGGCUCACCCCAGAAGAUGAUUUGAUAUAUAAGAUCUUUCGCGAUGAAUUCCCCACGCUGGACGUGAAACUAAUUAUUGAAAACGAGCUGAAAAGCACCAAGGAAAAGGCCAAGUGGAGGCCAUUUUGUGAACGAUUCAAAAAUGUUGUGGAAGAUUACAGUUACGGCACACUAUUGAGAGCAGACUCAACUCAGAAUUAUGGAGAGGAAAACUCUAUGCUUGUAACUCGAAUACAAUUUUAUGCAAUCGAAAUCGCCAGGAAUCGAGAAGGCAUCAAUGACCUUCUAAGAAAAAAGUUUAGCAAGGAGGAAAUUUCACCAAAGACUGAAAAUAUAUGAAACCGCUUGGAAAACCGAGGACACUUUCAUUAUUUUUUUUAUUGUGCCACUUAUUUUGCUAUAUUAAGGUUAACUUAAAUUUAAACUUUUUUUUUACACAACAAAAAUGGCCUUUUUAUUA